CAAUGCUGCUGAGGCAUAAGAAAAAGCCUUCACAGUUCAGGGAAUGCUGCCUUAACUUGCACAGGCUGAGAGAUUAAAAAAAAAAAAAAAUUUACAAGCAUCUGGAGCUGUGUGAGACAGGGCUGAUGAAGGAAGAAAGGCUAGUGUUGGUGAAAGUAUCUCUGAGACUGGGAAGGAAGGGGGGGGGGGUCAAAAGGUUAGAAUAACUGUUUGACUUGAGAGACUCUGGAAAGGCAUAAAUAGCAGAGUCUAACUGUCCUCUCCUGCAGUACUUGUGUUCUGCCAGCCCAGCCACAGGUGCUCCCAUCUCCUGCCUGCUUCUCUGUAACAAGGUCAUUAAUCUGGUUAAUCAUGGAAAAGCUGAUGUCUGUUUGUAAACCAAGUCAAGUAUCCUGGCUUGCCCUCCUCGCAGUGCUGGGCUGUGCUAGUGCCCUGCCUGUAGAUGUGGAUCCUGUCUGCACAGCGGGAGGCCAUGCAAAGUACAGACUUGCCUUCACAGGGAAGUGGAGUCAGACUGCCUUUCCAAAGCAAUACCCUCUCUUUAGACCCCCGGCACAGUGGUCACCAAUCAUAGCUGUAACUCAUAGUUCUGACUACCACAUAUGGCAAAGAAAUGAAUAUGCCAGUACCGGAGUGAGAGAGUUUACUGAGAAAGGAGAAGCCUGGACGUUAAUGAAGGAGGUGGAGUCAGCCGGGGAGAAGAUUCAGAGUGUUUAUGGGAUUUUCUCUGCCCCAGCGAUCACCAGUGGGACUGGCCAGAAUUCAGCCGAUUUUGAGGUCUUUGCAAGGCACUCCUUACUCUCUUUCAUUGUACGGAUCGUGCCCAGCCCGGAUUGGUUUGUAGGUGUGGACAGUCUGAACCUGUGUGAGGGGGAUCAGUGGAAAGAGCAGCUGUCCCUGGACCUUUACCCAUGGGACGCAGGCACAGACAGUGGCUUCACCUUUUCAUCUCCAAACUUCGCAACCAUACCACAGGACACUGUUACUGAGAUAACCUCUUCAUUUCCAAGCCACCCAGCAAACUCCUUCUAUUAUCCCCGACUGAAGCAUUUGCCUCCCAUCGCGAGAGUCACAGUCACGAAGCUGAAGGGAAACCAUAUCAUGAGCCUGCCUAAAGACCUGUCCCAAUCCAAUCUCAUCCCUAUAGGCAAUGAAAUAGAGUCACUGACAAAUACACCUCUUGACUGUGAAGUUUCCACGUGGUCCCCCUGGGGGUUGUGCAAAGGAAAGUGUGGCCAGACAGGCACCAAGCACAGAACGCGCUACAUCAGUCUGCAACCCGCCAACGACGGUGUGGCCUGUCCAAACCUCGAGGACGAGAAGGAGUGUGAACCUGACAACUGCGUCUGAAGAUGGACGUCACUGGACCCUCACAAACCAAGGGAUAUGUAUCCUUUAAGCUGCUGUACACCUUAUAUCCUGUGUGUGGGUAUAUUACCAUUCAAGAAAAAAAAAAAACUUUGAGAUACACAAAGGUGCUCUUUAGUGCAGUUUAACUUAUUUUUAUUUCUUUACUUAUUGUGAUAGAUUUUAAUUAUAUUGCACAUGUUAGAUUCUGUAUUUGGUAAAGCUUUUAAGUAACUAAAGGACUUGAUUGGAGGAACCUAUCCCACAUGGAAAUGCCACAUAUAUCAUUUAAUAGUACAAGGAAACCAACUGCAUUGCAUCAACCACCUUUUAAGGGGUAAUCCCUGGCUUAUCCUGGCAAAGUAUACGUUUACCAAAUGUGCUCCAGUGUCAAGUGUACAAAUGUUUUGGCUGUACCUUCUUCAAUGUUAUGGAUAGAUAUUACUGAAAAUAACAUGCGAUACAAAAUGUAGAAUAUCUCUCUUUUGGCCAAAAUUAAUAAUGCAGGGAUUUACAAUACCAUUUCUAAAAUUAUGCAGAAACCCACAAACCAUUACAAUAACAUAGAACUACUAACACUACUUCUUGUAUCCCAAUGUCUGCUUUUGAAUUCUACUUUAUUGCUAGAUGUGUUAACUAAAAUACUUCCGAAAACAUGUCCAUUGUUUUCAGAUCGUGCACUCACAGUAUGUUUCUUCCAGUUCACAUACUUAGUACAACUAUUCUUUAUUAAUCGUAUAUCAAUUUAAUAAAAAGACGUUUGCUUUCCAAAAUGUAUGUGGCUGAUUAUACAAAUAUAGUAACUGUAUUAUGCAACAUUUGUCUAACAUAACGGGACACAUUUGCUUUUAUUCAAAUUUAAAACUUACAGAAUCAUCCAUGCACAUGUAGGUGGGGAGAUGAUGAGGGGAAGUGUAUGGUAAAUCGUGAGACACAGGUGCAUGACAGAAGGACUACCAAUACUGCUGUAAUAUGAAUCUAUGUCCUAGCAUAACUUUCUGUUGUAUGAAAUUGCAGAUGUUCAAUGGCAUAGUACAGUCUUUGUACAAGGGAGGAAAGGGUGAUGGGCCGGCAUUAGCAUUCAUAGUAACAUGGAUAGGGGGGGAUGGGAGCACUUUAAGAACAGGACACCCAUGCGACAGAUGUAUGACACAAUGAUAUUGUCACCUGCAAAAACGGAAGUGUAUGAGGUACACUGUUAUGAAACUGUGUUUACAUGGGCGAGUGGAAUGUGCUGUGUCAUGUCAGUUUGAGAGGGCAGCACCAACAACACGGAUCAGCCAAGAGUUUUUCAGUGUCAUACUGGAUGAGCAACAGAAUACAGUUUGAUGGGAGGGAUGGCCUCACCAUCACAGUUGGGCUGUAUAUGUUGUGCUGUAAUACCAGUAUGUUCUGUAUUCUCCAGUGUUUUAGGACUAUGUUGGCAGAUAGCACACACAUGCGUUCUGUAAAUAUCCAUCCUUAUGCAGUGCGUCUUCCCUGACAACCUCGGCAGUCUCCCAGUAGGUCUCUAGGGAGCACUUAGAGGUCAUACACCCAGUGGACCAUGAUGAUGGAUGUCUCUUGUGUUAUCUGCAGAGAGCUGUAUGUUGUUCGUCUUAACUGAUGAUGGCUGUCUGAUUGCUUGUGUUGCCUUGCCCCUUCUACUGCUUGUAAGGAGGUGGGAGGGAAUGCAGUUAGGGUUAAAAACCUUAACAUCACAUUUCCCUACUUUUGUCGUUUUAAUAUCAACCCUAACUGAUGCAUUAACAAAGUUUUUAUACACACACACACACACACACACACACAAAUACAGCGCUAUUCUUAGAUAUCUCCAAAAAUAAAUUAAACCAUGCCCUAUAAAGUUAACCUGUCCAGUAGAGCAUGUUUUGUUAAUUUCAGACUUCAGUUAAUAAUACAUAUUAAUACAAGGUACACCUGUAAAGUUCCCAUUUCUAUACCAGCCUUUCUGACAUUUGCAGGUUGUAAAAACACUACCAUACAGGAUCAGUAGUCGUGAGACUACCAUACAGGAUCAGUAAUCGUGAGACUACAAUACAGGAUCAGUAACUGUGAGACUACCAUACAGGAUUAGUAAUCGUGAGAGUACCAUACAUGACUUCCAUAUAGUAUUUUGUACUGCAAACAUCUAAAGAUGGCACAAACAUCUGUAGUUACCACAUGUAUAAUUUUGUAUGCAUGAUAAGUUAUGAUUUUAGCUACAAAAACACUUCAUGCUGAAUGAUUAGCAGAGUUUACAGCACUGUCACAUAAUGUAAGGAAUCAUGUUGUAGGAAUGCCAGUAUCUGUUUGAAUUUGUAGAAAGAGCAUUUUGAUACAACUGGUAUUUAGAAAUUCUAAAAUAAACGUAAUACAUUGAAAAGACUUUUGUCAUUUAACUUAAGUUUAUUUUUGUCUUUCUAAAUUCAGCACUAUUGAGUGUUUUAUAGUUAUGGUGAUCAGUAACAGGCUUCUUUUUUAUUUUUAUUUUUUACAAAAAUGAUUUUACUAAAAAUAAUAAUCAGAAUUUUGAGUUAGGUAACAACUAACAAGAACAGCUUUGUUUUAUAGUUAGUGAAAGAUGUAUCCAUGUUUUUCUUUUAAAAUGCAUUCAGCUUUAUUAGCAGCUUGAUUCUCUGCAAUGAUAAUGCAAGUUGAUUAGAAUGUUAGUGUAUAAAAUAUUUGUAAAUAGAAUGUACAUUUUAUGUUCUGAACACAUUGUAUUUCAAAACUUCUCUUUAAUUGUAUUGUAUUGUGUGCAAAACAUAUUGUAAAGAAGCUUUCAUUUUCAAGCAUUUUAUACAUAGCUGUGAGAGAAGUAACUGCUACAUUGAGAGGUAUUUUCCUUCUUUUGUUAACAAAGUCAAAACAGUGUGACAUUUACACUCUGACAGGGCUGAUGACAUAUUUACACUCUGAAAGGGCUGAAAGCCUACAUUCCCCUUCCUUCUAUCUUGAACAUUUUUCAAAGACAUUCAUGUUUAGUUUUUACAACCUAGCAAGAAUAUAUUCAAAUAAAUAAAUAUGAUUGUGUA